AUGUCGUCUGAGGCACCACCACCUUUUACCGAGCGAAUGCUUGGCAUGCUGGAGCCAGCAAAGCUCAUGACUUGGGCCAUGUCCCACUACUUCCGAAUCUGCGCUGAAGCCGUCUUCAAGAAUGGCCAGAUCCUCGCACCAAUCACCCAGACUCGCAGACUCCGUGACGAAGCAUUCGGCAAUUUCUGGGUCGAAUUCAGCUCCCAACCCCAACGCCUAACGAGCCCAGACCCAACAACAAACCAACCGCUGCAACCAGUGGGCAGCUCAGCCCUAAUCCCAUCACUCCUAAAAACAGCCAGCGGCACCGUCCUAGACGUAGGCCCAGGAACAGGGACCCAAAUGCCGCUCUUAACAUCCCCCUCCAUAACAUCACUUUACGGCGCUGAGCCCUGCACAGGCCUCCACGCCGAGCUGCGCGCCCGCGCAAUCGCCGAAGGCAUCUCUGAGAAAUACCACAUCCUCCCCUGCGGCGCAGCAGCCGCAGAGCUAAUCCCCGCGCUUAAGGCGACGGGGACUGGCGUGGUGGAUAAGUAUGAGGAUGAUGCCAGCGCGGGUGUUUUCGAUACGAUAUUGUGUGUUCGUGUCCUUUGUUCGGUGCCGCAGAUGGAGCGGACGAUUGGGGAGUUGUAUGGGCUUUUGAAGCCUGGUGGGCGGUUUCUUGUUACCGAGCAUGUUGUUAAUCCGUGGUGGAGGGCUAAGGGGUCUCUUGUAGGGAGGGUUGCGCAGGGUUUUUAUCAGUUCUUUGGGUGGAGUUGGUUUAUUGGGGAUUGUUGUUUGACUCGUGAUAUCGAGGGGGCUUUGUCGAGGGCUGCUGAGGUUGAUGGGGGUUGGGAGAGUUUUGAGUUGGAGAGGUCUUUUGAGUGGUCUGCUAUGCCUUAUAUUUCCGGGACUUUGGUUAAGAAGGGUCUUUAG